CCGCUGCGCUGGCUUGUGCGGGCAGAAAAUCCUGUUUUCGCGCUGUUGUUGGCUUAACCGUGCUGUCGGUUUAUGUAAAAUUCUGGAGUUUCCCCAGAAGCUUGGAUUGUCACUGCGAAACGGGAAUGUAAUUAUGUGCAGUGGCUUAGUGGAGUAUUUUUCUGACACAAAUACAUGGAAAAAAAUAAUGAGAUGUGGCCCUGAACAGGAGCAGAUGAAAAUUAAAAGCCCCAAAGUCUGUCUUCGGUGUUCGAUCUGCCCUUUCUUAUGCUCUUCGUGAAGUAGGAAGAGAGGAGAGAUGGACAGCCCCUCAGGAACUGGUGGCAAGGCACAGAGCGAGACACAAGGCAGUCACAGAAUCAUAGAAUGGCCUGGGUUGAAAAGGACCACAAAGAUCAUCUACUUGCAGCCCCCCUACUCUGUGCAGGGUUUCCAACCACCAGACCAGGCUGCACAGAGCUACAUCCAGCCUGGCCUUGAAUGCCCCAUGUGAAGAGGGAGGGAUACGUCUGAUACACGUUUUUCUUUCCUGCCUUUUUCAAAGCCUAGCAGGUCACAGGAACCGUGGAUGAUGAAUCUGAAAUGCUGCGGUGUGGAAAAUGCAUGUUCUGGCUCCAAAAAUGAAAAUUAAGCUAACACAGAUAACUGACAUACAGUGCCUAGUCAGCUGAGUGUUGAGUGACCCUUACAGUUUCUCUCCGUCACCUUGACCAGUAUCUAUUCUCUUAAGAUUCCUCCUCCCCUUUAUUGCUGUUCUCAGUCUAUGGCUACCAGAACAAGAUCGACUUUGCUACCUCAAUGAUGCUGAAAGUCGUCAAUCUGCUGCUUGGGAAGCGUGACAGAGAGGACGAAAGGACAAGUGCCUCUGAAGAGCAGCUUGCACAGCAGCAGUGCUGAUCUGCUGCUGCACUCUGUCCCCUGUGUAUCGAAACCAUUGUCUGAAGAGAGGAUUUGUUAACUUAGUUGUGCUUAGGGUUUAAAAGAUGGCUGAAGAUGGCAGUGAUGAGACUGUGUUUGUUUGGUGCGAGGACUGUGGGCAGUACCAUGAUUCAGAGUGCCCUGAGCUGGGCCCGGUGGUGACAGUCAAAGAUUCCUUUGUAUUGAGCAGGGCCAGAUCAUCUCUCCCUUCUAAUUUGGAGAUAAGACAAUUGGAAGACGGGACUGAAGGAGUAUUUGCUUUGACUCAGCUAGUGAAACGUACCCAAUUUGGCCCAUUUGAAUCCAAGAGAGUUGCCGAGCUUGAAAAAGAAACAGUUUUUCCCCUAAAGGUGUUCCAGAAAGAUGGGCCUUUGUUACAUUUUGACACCUCAAAUGAAGAUGAUUGCAACUGGAUGAUGAUGGUGCGACCAGCCACUGAACAUGAGCAUCAAAACUUAACUGCCUUCCAGCAUGACAAUGAUAUUUAUUUCACCACCUCCCGGGACAUCCCACCAGGAACUGAGCUGCGAGUGUGGUAUGCGGCUUUUUACGCCAAAAAAAUGGAAAAGCCAAUGCUGAAGCAGGUCACUAGUAUUUCCAAUGAUAUGUGCUUGGUAGUGAUGGAAUGUGAUAAAGAAGGGAACAAAGUCUCUUCAAAGCCCUCGACUGUCGUCCUCCCCCAUAAAAAAACAAAGAAAUCCAGCACACCAGUAGCUGAUCCAACAGUGAGCACUCCAGAAGGCAGUGGAGCUGCAGAAGCAGAGCCCAGCCAGUGGACGUGUAAAGUGUGUUCAUCUGCUUUCCAGGAGCCUCAGCUUUUGACAGGUAAGGAGUGUUAAAAAUUGAUGAUGGUA